AUGGCGGACAACCCCCAGACCUUAGCUAUCUCGGAGAUGGAGGACGAAAAUGACGAUCGAGGUAAUAUCUCGCAGAGGAAUAAUAACGAAGGUGAUGAUGAAUAUGAAGACGAUGAAGAUGAAGAUGAAGAUGAAGAUGAACCUUUGUUCAAGUACUCUCAAUUGGGCAACGAAUUUCUUAAUAUUAUGAAGGAUAGAGCGACAACUUGCUUUGCUGUUCAUACAAAGUUUUUAGCUAUUGGUACCGAUUUUGGCACUGUAUUUGUGCUCGAUUCCAUGGGUAACUGUAUUGCAAAGUAUGAUAAUGUUCAUGGUGGUGCAAUUCGCGACAUUAGUAUUGACACCUAUGGGGAAGUCAUAGGUAGCUGUUCUGAUGAUGGAAAGAUCUCAAUUAUCACGGUUUUCUCGCCAAAAAGCCCUGUAGUCCUGUCUUUCGAUCGUCCUACAAAGACAUUAGCACUAGCUCCAAAUUUUGCCCGUUUGAAAUCUAAAACCUAUGUCAUUGGUCAUGGUGACAGACUAUCUCUAGUAUCUGCUGAUUGGCUGGGACGAAAUAAAUUUCAAGCUAUUGAUGGUGGUGAAGGCACAGUAACUAAUGUUCGAUGGAGAGAUCGUUUUAUCGUGUGGUCUAAUAGCGCAUUCCUGGUCAAAGUAUACGACACCUUAGCUAGAGGAUUAAUCUCAAUUAUUCAAAGACCUACGACAAAUGACUUUAGACCCGAGCUCUAUCCUACGAUUAUCAACUGGAUCAAUGACCGUAGGUUUGUUGUAGGUUCGAUAGACUCUGUCAAGAUUUGUGCAAUAAAGGAACAAACAGAAUCUCAUAAACCUCAGAUGCUUACAACAAAUAUGCCUCUUUAUUUUGUGGAAAUCGUUUCCGUUUUCAAAGUAGCGGAUGCACACUUGUGUGGAUUAGUUCCAUACGAAGAUAAAAUGGCCAUAUUAUGUUUACCAACAGAAGAAGCAGUUGAAAGAGAUAGACAGGAAGCCGAGGAAGACGAUGACUUAGAAUGGGACGAAGAAGAUGCUAGAAGGCCUCAGUUACGAAUCAUUGGUGAUUUAUAUGCUCCCAAAAAGAAAGAAGAACAUUCUAAUUCAUUACCCAUUCAAAAUUUUCGAAAGUAUAGAUGUUUCGAUUAUUCCUUAGUGAGGGAUGAAUGCGAAUCACAACUCUUCAUAGUCACUCCAAAAGAUAUCAUCAUUGCCAAGCCCAGAGACCAAGAUGAUCAUAUAGACUGGUUAAUUAUGCAUGAAAAUUUUGAGGAGGCUUUGGCUCUUACUGAAAAGUUAAGACUUCAAAGACACUCCGUGAAGAGUGUUGGAGUCAAAUUUGUCCAUUACUUAAUUACUUCUAAGAAUUACAAAGCUGCAGCCAUUAAAUCAGUCAAAUACAUGGGCAAUGACAAAAACGCAUGGGAAGAGUUAAUUGAAAAGUUUAAGCUUGCUCAAAAACUUAAAGAAAUUAGUUUUUAUGUUCCUACUGGUUCAUUCAGACUAGAUCAGUAUGUUUAUGAGCUUAUCCUUGAUGAUUAUUUAAAAACUGAUAUAGAGAGAGAAGUAUCUGUAGCACUACAGAAGCUUACAACGCUAAACCAGCAAUUGUCACAAAGUGAAGAUCAAAUAAUAGAUUCCAACCAGGAUAAUUCACCCAAGAGCGCAAAUUUGCAACAAUAUAGAACAAUGUUGCAAAAGCAAAGACUUGAUACAGCGAAACAACUAAGAAGCAUGCGAGCUGCCUUGGCAAUAUUUCUUGGGCAUGAAGAUGUAUUCGACCUUAUCGAUAAAUAUAAUUUAUACGAAACCGUCUUGAAACAUAUUCCAAGAUUAAUGCAACUACAGGAAGUUAGAGCUAUGAAGAUGCUUGUAGAAAAUACAGAUAAAAUGCAGAUUGGAGUAGUUGUUAAAAUGUUAGAUCAACUGAAACAUUUACAACUUGCGUAUCUAGAUAAGCUAUUUGAAAAAGAUCCCAAUAUUGCCAAGGAUCAUCAUGAAUUACAGGUUGAACUAUAUGCAGAGUAUGAGCCAAAAAAGCUAUUACACUUUCUCAAGAAAAGUACCAGCUAUUCUCUGAAAAAGGCGUAUACGAUAUGCAAGGAACGGAAGUUCUUUCAGGAGUUGGUAUUCCUAUUAGAUCGAAUGGGAAAUUCUAAGGAAGCUCUAACUAUUAUUGUAUCAGAACUUCAUGAUAUCGAUUACGCCAUCGAAUUUUCGAAAGAAAAAGAUGAAGAGGAGCUCUGGCAGCAACUAGUAGAAUAUUCAAUGGACAAACCACAUUUUAUCACAAGCCUUUUGCAUAACGUUGGAAGCCAUAUAAAUCCAGUCAUGAUAAUUGAAAAGAUACCAUCCGGACUACAAAUACCAGGACUAAGGGAUUCGUUAGUGAAAAUCUUGCAGGAUUACAAACUUCAGAUUUCCUUACAAGAGGGUUGUAAGAAAAUUUUAGUUAAUGAUAGUGUAUUACUAUUUGAUAAAUUAACGAAGACACAACGGAGAGGAUUCUACACUGACGAAUUUACUAAAUGUCCGAAUUGUCAAAGGAGCCUGCUUUUAAAUCAACGUAUGGACGAUGAUGUUGUUAUGUUUUUUUGCCGACAUGCUUAUCAUAAAGAUUGCUUACCCGCUCGUGAAAAUGAGUAUUCUUGCCAAUUAUGUUCGAAUGCGAAAUCUUACAGAAAAAGAAGGAUUAAAAAAAUUUAG